GUGGUUUAGUGCCAUUUCGCCCGCCGUCCGGGGCAAGAACCCCCUGGUUAUUUAGCCAAGUCCCGAGUACCGAGUCCCGUUUCCCGUUUCCAGCAGUCAGUUUCCAAGUUUAUCCAAUCGAUUACAUACCAGUGACCCAAUCACCCAAUUACUUAACUUGCUUCAUCAAUUUCCCCAGCUUAAACUUACAACUGUCGUUUAAACAUACGUGUAACUCUUGAAAGCCCUGACUUCUUUUUUAGUUUAUGUUUGUAUAUUGCAAAGGGCGUUCCUUGCUUCCAUUCGUCUCUCACAUGUUUUUAGCAGUUCGAGCUAAGCACUGCCCCUCUAUAACGUCACUAGUCACAAUGCUCGACUCCCAAUUCAGCGCACGCGAUCACGAGCUGACAUAGGCUUCAAUUCGGCCACAAUUCCUGCCUGAAGUCACUUUCGAUACCUGUUAACCUUCUUUUCUUCGAAAUCAUUCGCAUAUCUCACCCAUAUUUCCCUCGGCAACCAUGUCGGCUGCGAACCGCGAACCCUCCGUUGCGUCGGAACCCGAACAAGUCGAAGAACCAGAGUCAAACCCUCUCUCUCUCUCCCGCGCCGUACUCGCUAGGAAAUCCGAAUACGUUCGACCUCAUCGCAUAAGAAUCAAGGUUGGAACUUGGAAUGUUGCUGGUUGUCCAGGCACCGACAAAGACCUAGCAAGUUGGUUUAUUGACGGGAAGGGUGUCGAGCCGCAAUUGGAUGCUAAGCUCGCGCGAUUGAGCGUAUCCGAGAGCAUUGAGACUAUUGAAAUAAAUAAAGACCACAAUGCUACAUCAAAAACCAGUGCAGACCCUAAAGCAGAUUCAAGAGGAAGAGAGUCACACAAUCCAGGUGGCUCUCCAAGUGAAGGAGAAGAACCUGAUGUGCGACUUUUAAGCGGCGACAAGAUAGGACUCUAUGUCCUUGGACUUCAGGAAGUUGUUGACCUGAAUAUUGUCAGCCAAACUUUUUAUUCCGAUCCAAAUGCCAUCGCAAAAUGGCAAGAUGCCCUCGAAGCCGCUCUACCGAAAGGCUACCAUCUUGUAGCUAGCGAGCAACUUGUCGGUCUUCUUUUACUUAUAUAUGCUUCUCCAGAGGUAGCUGAAACUAUAACAAACGAGUCAACCGUUAGUGUCGGAACUGGUAUUUACGGCCUUCUGGGUUAUUGGGGUAAUAAGGGCGGAAUCACAUCUCGAAUUCUCUUAGGCGAAACUACCCGACUCGUUUUCACCAAUUCCCAUCUUGCGUCCGGUCAUGAACAGGCCAGUCUUGACCAUCGAUGUUGGGACUACAAUAGGAUCAUCAGCCAAACUAAAUUCAGCCCGAUCAAUUUAGGCGGUGUAGCCGAAGAUGAAGGGGAAAAGAUAGGAGAUGAAGAUUUCGCUUUUUGGCUUGGCGAUCUUAACUUUCGCCUUGACGGUCUACCCGGGGAAGAUAUUCGGCGCUUAUUAACACUGCAUACUCGCGGGGAGUACGAUCUUAACAAGAAAAGUAACGGAGAAAUGUUUAGCGAUGAUGGUGUCAUCGUGCUACGUAACAACGACGAUGACGAUGAUGGUACGAAUACUCCCGGUAUGAUAUCACGUGAAGCGUCUUUCGACAAAACUUCUAGUGAUGAAGAUAGCGAACUUCCAGAUCCCGACGAAUUUUUGCCCGAUCCAAAUGACGAUCCCGCAUCCCUGCAAGCAACUCUUAAUUCUCUGCUUCCACAUGAUCAGCUACUCCGUAUGAUCAAAGAACGCAAGGCGUUCCACGAGGGCUGGCACGAAGGUCCUAUAACAUUCUUACCAACAUACAAGUAUGAUGUUGGUACGGUAGGACUCUUCGACUCCUCCGAAAAGCAGCGAGCUCCAAGCUGGUGUGAUCGCAUCUUAUAUCGAACUCGUACGGACGUUAAUCUAUAUGAAAAGAAAUGUAACGAUGAGGUUGAGGCUAAGAAAAGAGAUGAAGAUAUGAAGAAGAUGGGGAUUGAUAAGGCCGCGGAAGACGAGAACGUCUUAUUCGAUUACGAUCCUGCGGCCGACUCGAGUGCUGAUAACCUCGGCGAUACUACUUACGAUUACGACGAUUAUGACGAAGGUGAAACUCUAGAGCAAGUUAUCACAAAGGAGGGUUUCGUCGACAAAAUUCAUUUGGAUACUUAUACGAGCCACCAGCGCGUCACGUCGUCAGAUCAUAAACCUAUUGUCGCUAUAUUUACGUUAGAUUAUGACGCUGUUGUCCCUGAACUGAAAGCGAAGGUUCAUGCCGAAGUAGCGAGGGAACUUGACCGAGCCGAAAACGAAGGGCGACCGGGUCUUACUGUCAUCGUUGAUGCGAAAGAUUCGAUCAACAAAGAUAACAAACAUUUCGCCGAUGGAAGCGAUGGCGUCGAUUUUGGAGAGCUUGGAUUCUUACGCAAAGAGAAUCGAUAUCUGACUAUUGCCAAUACUGGUCGCGUUCCAGCCACGUUCUGUUUCAUUGAAAAUCCUAUCCCACAAAACGAUGCGACGAAACCUCCUCAAUGGUUACAGUUCAAAUUCGUCCGCUCACAAGUAGGUGAUGACGAAGAAACACAAGAUCCGUUAGAAGAUGAAAUAACGCUAGAGCCAGGAGAGACUGUAAACGCCGUCAUAGAAGCUCACGUCCAGGACAUAGCCCAUGUUCAAUCAUUGAAUGCAGACACAGCACAACUAGACGAUGUCUUGAUACUACGCGUCACAGAUGGGAGAGACCAUUUCAUCCCAAUCAAAGCUACAUGGAUACCUUCCUGUUUUGGUCGCUCUCUAGAGGAGCUCAUUCGAGUCCCUCGUGGUGGCGGCGUUCGGGGACUAAUAGAAAAGCGGCAAAAGGGCGGAUCCAUACCCUAUACGCUAGAAGUACAUAAGUCAUCGCCAAACGAACUAUUCCAGCUCACCGAGGCAAUAGCAAUCCUUGCUGAGCGAGCCAUCGCUGAUGCGAAUAUGUUGGACGAAGUAAAAAUACCACGCGACAAGCCAGGAUGGCCUUUUGACAAAGAUUCAUGGCAAACUACUAACGACGAGGAUCACGAAAUCUUACGAGCAUCAAUGAUCGGUGCCUUGGAGGUAGAUGAUCCCGUUCUAGAAUCUAUCGGGGUCGACGUGCCAAUAAUAAAACGUCUCGAAAUCGUCAGCGAGGUGCUCCUACUGUUCUUACGCAGCAUGCCGGACGGGAUCAUCACAACUCCACUAUGGGCUAAAAUCGAGCAAUCUCUACCUAACAUAGGAAGUGGCAAGACCCCAGCCGAGGCUGAAGAAGCCCGGUCUACUAUCCUCGACAUAUUAGCUACGGCACCAUACUAUAACAUAUCCUUCGUGUUCCUCAUGUCCAUGCUAACACGAGUCGCCAACGAGCUCGUCUCCCUUAGUAAAGAAGCAUUAGAAGCCUUGAAUAACCGUAGGACAAGCUCCCCCGGCACCCUCGCCAAACGUAGCCUGAGCUUUCGCCGGAGCGCAGGGGGUGCGGUGGCAGCUGAUCAGGCUGCGAUAUUGAGGAGGUUGGCGUGGGAGAGGAAGACGGCGGAGAUAUUUGGCGUGGCGAUUUGUAGGGCCCCGACUUCGACGAAUGCGAAGGAGAAGAAGGCUACGGAGGAUAAGAUGAGGGGUGUUGUGGAGGUGUUUCUGCGGCAGGAUAGGACGUGAAGUAUAUACACGGGGAAUAGAGGGGGGAGAUAUGUGUUUAACUGAGUACCUAAUGACUUUAAGAGGGGUGUGGGGAUGGGGAUGGGGACUCGGGAGUAUAUAGAGUGGAAAUACUUGAACUACCUAUUGCUUGCUUGUUGCGAGCACGCUGAUGGACAUACAUGAUGCGAUCAGAAGUUAUCUCCAGGGCUCUAGGGCUGUGUUUGUGGCGUGUUUAGUACCUUUUUUUAGUACACUAAGACCCUGAUGUACGGCCUGGAAGGCUCACUCUUAAUAAAAGGAUAGCGGCU